GCGCACGUGGCGCGGGAGGGCGGGGUCCAGCAGCGUCCCGCCCCACCCCCGCCCUCCGCGGCCCCUCCGCCCUUAUAGCGGCGGGGGCGGGGGCAGUAGCACUCGGCCAGCGGCGGCACGCGCAGGUCUUUGAACCCCCACUGAGCCAUCACCAGCUUGGUUCAAGAUGCCACCGGCCAUCGGAGGCCCAGUGGGAUACACUCCUCCUGAAGGAGGAUGGGGAUGGGCUGUGGUCAUCGGAGCCUUCAUCUCCAUUGGGUUUUCCUAUGCCUUCCCCAAAUCCAUCACUGUGUUCUUCAAAGAGAUUGAGGUCAUCUUCAAUGCAUCCAGCAGCAAAGUCUCGUGGAUCUCCUCCAUCAUGCUGGCUGUUAUGUAUGCAGGAGGUCCCAUCAGCAGCAUCCUGGUGAACAAGUACGGCAGCAGGCCCAUCAUGAUCGUGGGUGGUUGCCUCUCUGGCUGUGGGCUGAUCGCAGCUUCCUUCUGCAACACGGUGGAGGAGCUCUACUUCUGCGUGGGGGUCGUGGGGGGCCUUGGACUUGCAUUUAACUUGAACCCAGCCUUAACCAUGAUUGGCAAAUACUUCUUCAAGAAGCGUCCCCUGGCCAACGGGCUGGCCAUGGCAGGCAGCCCUGUCUUCCUCUCCACCCUGGCACCUAUCAACCAGGUCUUCUUUGGCAUAUUUGGCUGGCGUGGCAGCUUCCUCAUCCUCGGUGGUCUCUUGCUAAACUGCUGUGUUGCUGGGUCCCUGAUGCGGCCCAUCGGCCCCAAGCCAGAUCAGGUGAAGAAAGAGACCAACAAGGAGGUGCUGCAGGAAGCUGGGAAGGUGGUGAAAAAGGAAGAAAGUGACACCAGCACAGACCUCAUUGGUGGGAAGGCCAAGAAACAGAAGAGCACACUGUUCCAGACAAUCAACAAGUUCUUGGACCUGUCCCUGUUCACGCACAGGGGCUUCCUGCUCUAUCUGUCAGGCAAUGUGAUCAUGUUCUUUGGGCUGUUCACCCCCUUGGUCUUCCUCAGCAAUUAUGCAAAGAGCAAGAAGAUUGCUAACGAGUCUGCAGCCUUCCUGCUCUCCAUCCUGGCCUUUGUAGACAUGGUGGCCAGACCUUCCAUGGGACUGGUGGCAAACACCAAGUGGAUCAGACCCAGAGUCCAGUACUUCUUUGCCAUCUCUGUGAUUUACAAUGGGGUGUGCCACCUCCUGGCCCCCAUGUCCACCACCUAUGCUGGCUUCUGCAUCUAUGCUGGCUUCUUUGGCUUUGCCUUUGGCUGGCUGAGCUCAGUCCUGUUUGAGACCCUGAUGGACCUGGUGGGAGCGCAGCGGUUCUCCAGUGCUGUCGGCCUUGUGACCAUCGUGGAGUGCUGCCCUGUGCUUCUGGGACCACCUCUCCUAGGGAAGCUCAACGACAUGUAUGGUGACUACAAGUACACAUACUGGGCCUGUGGGGUCAUCCUCAUCAUCUCUGGGAUCUACCUCUUCAUCGGGAUGGGCAUCAACUACCGCCUGGUGGCAAAGGAGCAAAAGGCAGAGGAGAAGGCAAAGAAGGAAGGGAAGGAGGAGGAGACCAACGUGGACGAGGCAGAGAAGCAGAAAGAGGCAAACAACGACGUGGCCCCCUCGCCUCCCUCACCUCAGAAGAGCACGGAGGAUGGAGUCAAAGAGGAGGAGAGCCACAUGUGAGGGACCGCUGUCAAUCCCGGAGUGUCGGGGAAGCGCUGCUGGCCUGGCGCCGUGGCCGGGGCAGUGCUCUGCUGGCCUGGGCAGCUGUGAGAAGUGUUUAAACCAGGUGUUCAUUUUAACCAGGCUCUGAAUCUUCUUUCCAUCUGUGUUCAACAAAGGUGACAGGGCUAUGCACGCAGUAUCCUCGUGCCAGGGCAGGGGGGCUUUUUAUACUGGGGCUUUUUAACAGUAACAUGAAUGUACUAAUCCGUGCCUUAAGCUGAACCUGCACCAGCCUUAGCUCUAAGCUGUGCUUUAGCUCUGUAUUCUGCUGGGGGGG